ACCGCGGCAUGGCUGCGGCGGCCCGGCGGGAAGUGGCCGCUGCGGCGCUCCGUAGCUCGGCCAAACCCCGUGACGGCUCCGCGCCCGCCGCGGUACGGCGAGCCGGCGGGGUCAAACCGUGCACGCCCCUCUCGCGAGACGGCGGCGCUGGGGCGGGCGCACGUGCGCGCGCGGUGAGGGACCGGGACCCGCCGCGGCCCGAGGGGCCUCCGGCCUGUGACAUGGCCACAGAGGUGGCAGAGCCGGUGGUCCCUGACUGCAGAGGGGACGGCAGGAGCGGUGCCCGGUCAGACGCCGAUUACCCGCUGCGGGUCCUCUACUGCGGAGUCUGUUCGUUGCCAACAGAGUACUGUGAAUACAUGCCUGAUGUGACUAAAUGCAGACAAUGGUUAGAAAAGAAUUUUCCAGAUGAGUUUGCAAAACUUACAGUAGAAAAUUCACCUAAACAGGAAGCUGGGGUUGGAGAAGGCCAAGGAAAUGUGGGAGGAGGAGAAGAAGAGGAGAAGAAGAAACAAAAGAGAGGUGGAAGAGGUCAGAUAAAACAGAAGAAGAAGACUGUGCCACAGAAAGUUACGAUAGCUAAAAUUCCCAGAGCAAAGAAAAAAUAUGUCACAAGAGUGUGUGGCCUCGCCACGUUUGAAAUUGAUCUUAAGGAAGCACAAAGGUUUUUUGCUCAGAAAUUUUCCUGCGGUGCCUCAGUAACAGGAGAAGAUGAAAUCAUCAUUCAGGGGGACUUUACAGAUGACAUUAUUGAUGUAAUCCAGGAGAAGUGGCCUGAGGUGGAUGAUGACAGCAUUGAAGAUCUUGGAGAAGUCAAGAAGUGAUAGUGGAAGACUACCUUUAUUUAAUUAUAUGGUUAUAAAUGAUAUAGCAAAAGUGAGGCUUCUAAAUCCAUUUGCUCUGCAGUGAAACUGUGGAGAACCCGUAUCCUUGGCAUUCUCACUGUUCUGUAUAGGCUACUUGGGGGGUUUUUGUUUGUUUGUUUUGGGGUGGUUUUUUUGUGAUAUUUGCCAAAGUUAAAUUAGGGUUCUACCAUGCUUACGCAUGAAGUAGAUUUAAAUAAAAUUACUGUUCCUCACUGAA